AUGUCAUUGGGGAAAUCCCCUGUGUUGGGGGUGCGCCCUGUGCCCCGACCCUUCUGGCUGUCCCACCUCAGCCUGCUGUGCUUAUGUGUGUCUCUCUUUGCCCAGGCUCCCCAGGGUUUGCCUGUGGUAGGUUAUAACACUGACUCCAAGAGGGAGAUCACACUGGAAGGAGAUUUGAUGAUUGGAGGCCUGUUCCCUGUGCACCAGAAGGGUGAGGGAGUAGAGGACUGUGGGAAGAUCAAUGCUCAGAGAGGGAUCCAGAGACUGGAGGCCAUGCUGCUGGCACUAGAUGAAAUCAACAACAAUGAGCGCAUCCUGCCUGGGAUCAAACUGGGAGCUCAUAUACUGGACACUUGCUCUAAGGACACCUACGCUCUAGAGCAGUCUCUGGAGUUUGUCAGGGCCUCCCUCACUAAAGUGGAUGACAGUGAGUACACGUGCCCCGAUGGCUCCUAUGCUAUCCAUGAUGACGUCCCUCUGGCUAUCUCUGGGGUCAUAGGAGGCUCUUACAGUGAUGUCUCCAUUCAGGUGGCCAACCUGUUGCGACUCUUCCAGAUCCCUCAGAUCAGCUAUGCCUCCACCAGUGCCAAACUCAGCGACAAGACCCGCUAUGACUACUUUGCCCGCACCGUGCCCCCUGACUUCUACCAGGCCAAGGCCAUGGCAGAGAUCCUGCGGUACUUCAACUGGACGUAUGUAUCGACGGUGGCAUCAGAAGGGGACUAUGGUGAGACUGGCAUUGACGCCUUCCAGCAGGAGGCUCGGGCCCGCCAGAUCUGCAUUGCCACUUCCGCCAAGGUGAGCCGCUCCAUGAGCCGCUGGAGUUACGAGAACGUGAUCCGCUCCCUGCAGCAGAAGUCCAACGCCAAGGUGGUCAUCCUGUUCACGCGCAGCGAAGAUGCCCGCGAGCUGCUGGUGGCAGCCAACCGCAUGAAUGUCACCUUCACCUGGGUGGCCAGUGACGGUUGGGGAGCGCAGGAAAGUGUGGUGAGAGGCAGUGAGGCUGUGGCCGACGGAGCGUUCACCAUCGAACUAGCUUCCUAUCCGAUCCCCCAGUUCAAUGACUACUUCACUGCCUUGCACCCGUACAACAACACCAGGAAUCCCUGGUUCAAAGAGUAUUGGGAAAACCAUUUCCAAUGUAGCCUCCAUGAUCUGGGCUGUGGGAAGCACUCACUGCGCGAGGCUCAGUUUCAGCCAGAAUCCAAGAUCAUGUUUGUAGUGAAUGCUGUCUAUGCAAUGGCUGCUGCAUUACAUAACAUGAGGCAGGCAUUAUGCCCCAACUCCACCAACGUGUGUGAGGCUCUUAAACCUGGCAACGGCAGAAAGUUUUACAGGGACUACAUUCUAAAGGUCAAGUUUGAGGCGCCGUUUCGUCCACCAGACACAGAGAAUGUAGUCCGCUUUGAUGCCUUCGGGGACAGCCUUGGCCGUUACAAUAUUUUUCACUACCACAAAGAAGAUGGGCGUUAUGUCUACCGUAAUGUCGGCUACUGGGCUCAAAGCUUGACCCUGAACACCACCCAGAUCCCCUGGGCUGGGCAGGUUCCCCCAACCUCCCAGUGUAGUGACCCCUGCAGGAAGAAUGAAGUGAAGAGUAUGCAGCCUGGAGAUGUGUGCUGCUGGAUCUGUAUCCCGUGUCAGCCCCACCAGUAUUUGCAGAAUGAGUUCACCUGUGCUGACUGCAGCUUUGGACAGUGGCCCCUGGCCAACCUGACAGGCUGUUAUGAUCUGCCUGAGGAGUACAUCCACUGGGAAGAUGCCUGGGCCAUUGGACCCGUCACCAUUUCCUUUCUCGGGAUGAUGUGUACGCUCUUUGUCAUUGGCCUCUUCCUUAAACACAAUGAGACACCCGUGGUGAAGGCCAGUGGCCGUGAGCUCUCCUACAUUCUGCUGCUGGGAGUGUUGAUGUGUUAUAGCAUGACCUUCAUCUACAUUGCCAAACCGUCUACGGCAGUUUGUACACUGCGUCGGCUAAGCUUAGGAACCUCAUUUGCUGUGUGCUACUCAGCCCUCUUAACCAAGACCAAUCGCAUCGCUCGGAUCUUCAGCGGGGUGAAGGAUGGAGCACAGCGGCCUCGAUUCAUCAGCCCGGCCUCCCAGGUUGCCAUCUGUGGUGCUCUGAUCUCCUGCCAACUGGUGGUGGUGGUGGUCUGGUUGCUGGUGGAGACCCCAGGGGUGAGAAAGGAAGUGAGCCCCGAGAGGAGAGACGUGGUCACCCUCAAGUGUAACAGCAAGGACUCCAGCAUGCUCAUGUCACUCACCUACAACUGCAUCCUCAUUAUCCUCUGCACGGUCUACGCCUUCAAGACCCGCAAAUGCCCCGAGAAUUUCAAUGAGGCCAAGUUCAUUGGGUUCACCAUGUACACCACCUGCAUCAUCUGGCUGGCUUUCCAGCCUAUUUUCUACGUUACUGCCAGUGACUACAGGGUGCAAACAACCACCAUGUGCAUCUCUGUCAGUCUGAGUGGGUCGGUGGUGUUGGGCUGCCUCUUCGCUCCAAAGGUCCACAUCAUCCUGUUCCAGCCGCAGAAGAAUGUCAGCACUCUCAGAGUGGCCACCACCCGCUUCAGCGUCACCACUGGCCCAGGCUCCAGUUUCUCUCAAGCAUCAGACUCCAAUGUUGUUCCAACAGUGUGUAAUGGACGAGAGGUGGUGGACUCCACAACGUCCUCCUUGUGA